AUGUUACGCUUCAGGCUCAUCUGGAACAGAGUUUCUACUGUAUCUAGACCAACAUGUCUUAGAAUCUAUAGACUGAGAGGUUCUACUGUAUCUAGACCAACAUGUCUUAGAAUCUAUAGACUGAGAGGUUCUACUGUAUCUAGACCAACAUGUCUUAGAAUCUAUAGACUGAGAGGUUCUACUGUAUCUAGACCAACAUGUCUUAGAAUCUAUAGACUGAGAGGUUCUACUGUAUCUAGACCAACAUGUCUUAGAAUCUAUAGACUGAGAGGUUCUACUGUAUCUAGACCAACAUGUCUUAGAAUCUAUAGACUGAGAGGUUCUACUGUAUCUAGACCAACAUGUCUUAGAAUCUAUAGACUGAGAGGUUCUACUGUAUCUAGACCAACAUGUCUUAGAAUCUAUAGACUGAGAGGUUCUACUGUAUCUAGACCAACAUGUCUUAGAAUCUAUAGACUGAGAGGUUCUACUGUAUCUAGACCAACAUGUCUUAGAAUCUAUAGACUGAGAGGUUCUACUGUAUCUAGACCAACAUGUCUUAGAAUCUAUAGACUGAGAGGUUCUACUGUAUCUAGACCAACAUGUCUUAGAAUCUAUAGACUGAGAGGUUCUACUGUAUCUAGACCAACAUGUCUUAGAAUCUAUAGACUGAGAGGUUCUACUGUAUCUAGACCAACAUGUCUUAGAAUCUAUAGACUGAGAGGUUCUACUGUAUCUAGACCAACAUGUCUUAGAAUCUAUAGACUGAGAGGUUCUACUGUAUCUAGACCAACAUGUCUUAGAAUCUAUAGACUGAGAGGUUCUACUGUAUCUAGACCAACAUGUCUUAGAAUCUAUAGACUGAGAGGUUCUACUGUAUCUAGACCAACAUGUCUUAGAAUCUAUAGACUGAGAGGUUCUACUGUAUCUAGACCAACAUGUCUUAGAAUCUAUAGACUGAGAGGUUCUACUGUAUCUAGACCAACAUGUCAAUCAUCCAGUGAGAGGUUCUACUGUUACCAACUUCUAUAG